UCGUCUAGGGCAAAAUGUAUUAAGUGCCACUAUUGCGGAUUGUUUUUUUCCCCAAACAAGUUUAUAUUUCAUUCACAUCGCAUAGGACCAGGUGAUAAGUACGUGCAGCCAGAUGCAGCAAAUUUUAAUUCAUGGCGAAGGCACAUGAUGCUUAGUGGACAACCCCCACAGGAAGUAAUUUACGCCUGGGAAGAUGUAAAAGCAAUGUUUAAUGGAGGAACCCGCAAACGUCUGAUGACCAACAAUAGUUCUUCGCCAUUAUCAAGAGUACUGACUUCUUCGCCUAAUUCCUGCUCAGCUGGAGCAACUUCCAGUAGUAUGAAUAGAGACCAAAACACAGAUGAUGGUUUAAGUGUUAAUGGGGAACCAUUAAUAAACAAUAUUAAAAAAAUACAAAAAUCCAGUAACUCCGUUAAUACAGUUACGGCGGCAGCUGCCGUGGUUGGUGUAACGGCUGUGGCAGUCGGCAGUACAGUGCGUCCACUAAAUCUUCACUUUCAGACGUCAACUGCAGCUGGUCUAGCUACAGAGUCUUCAUAUUCAGUAGGAACUGAUAUGCAUUUAAUUCCGGCAGCAGCUCUAUCCCGCAGUUUCAUGAUGGAUUAUAUGUGGCAACAUGCACAUCAAGCUGCCAAAAGUAAUUAUAAUCAAAAUUAUCAGCAGCAGCAUCAAUCCAAAGUAAAAUCUAGUAAUUCAGCCUUUUCUUUUCCUUGGAUAAGUAGCGCAGCUGGAGCAGCAUCUGACAUUCAAACCCCUGAUAAUCUGCAUUCUAAUAUGCACUAUUCAUCCUCAGUAAAUAAUCGAUGGUCGAGCUCAACAAACAAUGAUAUUACGCGUAAUUUAACACAAAUUAUGAAUACAUCUGCUUUCAAACCAGUUGUACAACAACAGCUUCACCAACCAUCAACUGAAACCCACCUAACGUUAACAAAAACCCGACGUCGGCAUUCAACUCCGCAACUAUCUACAAAAGAUGCUAAUGAAUCUAAUAAUACAUUGACCUUACAUUCCAGCCAUCCCGCUCAAAUAUUUUCAUCAGAUGAUGGUGAACACGAUGAAGAAGAUGGUACUGCAGAAGUCCAGCAUCUGUCGCUUAAAAACGACAGCAAACACUUAGUUCCCGAUGAUAGUGAAGUCCUCGAUGAUGAUAUACUAGUAGACAUUGAGACAACAGAAGACGAGAAACCUCUUUCAUUUUCUACUCCUUGCAAUGCUAUUACAACGACUUGCAGUCGCGCUAGUUUUACAGGCGAUAAUACCGAAAGUCAUGAUGAGGUCGAAAUAAAUGCACUUGAUAAUGAUAAACAUAUUGCUAGUGACGAAGAUGUUAUUGAUGUUGAACACAACGACAAUGACGAUUCGGUACUUGAGUUUGCCUCUUUGACUCCUUUAGCAAUAAUCAAACACACAAAGGAAAAUGAUAGACUAACAGUAAGUGAACCAAGAAGUACAUUUAGGGGUACAAAAGAUUUGGACAAAUUGUACAGCGUGGACUUCAGCAAUGCUGAAAAUGUACCACCUUCAACAUCAUCAAUUUCCCCAAAAUCGAAUUCUAUUUCUUCUUGUUCACAAUUAAGUGAGUGCUUCUAUGCCAAAGGCAAAAACCACCAUGAAACUGAGGACAGUCCAAAUUCUGUUCCUAAAAAUAUUUCUACAACCCCUGAUAUAUAUGACGAUCACAAUAUUAAUUUAAACGCUACGAGUUUUGAGCCUACGAAAAGUACCCGCAAACGACCAUGUGAGAAGUCAUUGAAUUAUGAAAAUGAAAAAAUAACUUGGAAAAAUGAACAUGAUAGUACCACUAGUGUUAUAGGUGAUAUCAAAGAGAAAGAUUUUCCGAGUGAUAUUGGAAAUACUUUGGAUUAUAAUACAAAAUUUAAAAAGAAAACUAUUGAAGCUAGUUCCAAAGAAGCUCAUUUCAUUGAGGCAUUAGCACAGAAAUACGAAAUAACCUAUUAUAACAAUGCCAACGGCAAAAAUAAUUACGCAAACAACAAUAAUCUAAUAAGCAAUAAUAAUAACAGUAAUGAGUUUUGGCAAAUGGCACGAUUAUGCAUGCAACGACCAAUGAACAAUGAUCAAAAUAACAAAGUACAACAGCAUCAAGAACAUAUUAAUCAGCAACAAUUGACAAGGUUGCCAACAUUUUACUAUCGACAGCAACAAUUUCUUCUAUCACCGGCCGAACACAGUCAACAACAAAAUAAUUCAUCACCAAUAUUUCCAGCAACACAGCAAGUCUACCUACAUCUUCAACAGCAUCAGCAAGCAGUACAAAAUAGUAAAUCUCAUAAUAAUUAUUCCAACGAAAUAUUACAAUCGUCGUCAACCCAUUCUUCCAGUCAUAUACCGCUGUCAAAUGUAGAAAACACUCCCGAAUCCUCUGCUAACUUUGCUUCAGCCUACAUAAAUAUGCGCCAGAAUAACCACGACCCCACAAGUAAACCACAAACUUGUCCCAACGGAAUUGGUUAAAUAAAAUUAAAACAAAAAAAUAAAAUUAAGAUUAUUUAAUUAACAAUAUAUAAAUAUAGUAUAUAAAAAUAUAUACAUGUAUAUAUAUAUAUAUAAAAUUACGUACAUAUAUAAUUAUUUAUUUAGAAACUAAUGUUUAAAUUAAUUUUUCUUUAUAUGCAUACACACAUAAAUAGAGGCCAGUCACAAAAUUUUAAUUGUAAAUUUUACAUUUUGCAACGGAAUGAAAACACAUUCAGCAUUUAAUGUUGCUUGUAAUUUAGGGUUUUCGUAAAUUAACAAAAUAAUAAUUUGGAAAAGCUUAAGCAAAAUUGAUCAGUAUAACAUUAAAUGAAACCAUUCCGAGCGGAACGUGUGACAUGCUUGAUACAUAGUUUGUAUUAUGUUUUGUCGAAUUUGUUUGAUACAACAGAUACAAGUAACUAAAUCGUAUUUAGAAGUUGUUUAAUAUAUUUCACCUUUUUAAACAAGAAAAAACAUAUAUACGUCAAAUAAAAACCUCACAGAAAAGAAGUCACAAUUACCCGAAAUAUGUAUGUAUAUUAAAGUGCUCCAAAAAAAAAAACGAAGUUGCGAAUUUUUCCCGAAUUUUUCUAGAACUGUUCUCUUGGUUGUAAAACUAUAUCAUACAAAAAAUUAGGCUGAUAGGAUAACGCUAACAGGUGCCGCAAAAGCUCUGAUGUUUCCAAGUGCAUUUACAAGGGGAAAAUAUAGAUUUUUUCAGUUUAUGCUCAAAUUUGGCCAUUUUUAACUUUAUUGUAGAUGAAUCGUAAUGUGCAUAGAGUAAGCAUUUCGGAAAGAUAUAAAACACAAAAAUUGCUUAAAAACCUUAAAAGUUAUAGCAAAUUCCCCAGGACAUUGACGUGUCUUGUAGCACAUGAAUUCGAAAUGUCACAAAAAAAUUUACUUUUUUUGGAUAUAUUCUAAAAAAAACAAUUUGUUACUUAACAUCAGUGUUGCCACUUCAUGUGUAAUUACACAUAUUGUGUGUGAUUUUUAUUUCCAUGUGUAGCCCAUGUGUAAUUGAUCUCAUGUGUAAAUUAUGUGCAAUUUAAAAUCUCAUUGUAUUUACAUAAGUAUUACUUAUUUUAUAUCAAAUUUGUUCUUUCAAACACUGGUUUUGGUUGUCAUUUAUUUUCGCUUUACAACACGUACAUAUCUGUCAUUUUCUUGCAUAUGCAACAGUUUGCACACUUGUUUGAAUAAUAACCCUGCCAACAAUUUCUAUCCAAAUUGUAACCAUAACGUUACAGCUUAAUGUUUAAAACAAUCUAAUUUGAUGUAAUCUGAGUGAAUGAAAAGUGACCUCGUUCGGAAGAAACUGUUCCGCCUGUUUAAUACUUACUUGAUGUGUCCAUUUCGUUUCAGUUUCAAGUCACUUUUUUAUAACAUCAAAUUUCGUAAAUGUAGUAAAUUUCCAGUUUUGUCAUAACAAUAGAAAAGCUGGAAAGUGUUAUGAUUUUAUACUCUUUUAUGUAAUAAAAGCGACUUUAUAAUAAUUUUUUUUUUAUUUCUCCUUUAUUAUACUGUUUUAUACUGACUAAUCUCUCACUGAUGUUUAUUUUAUAUUAAACUAUGUUUUAGAUACAUUAGAUUUUAAAUUAACACAAUUAAUUACAAAAUCUAAAUUUCACAAUAUAUCACACAACUGAUCACAAUGAAAUAAAUAUAUUUACUGAAAUGUGCAAACACUUUUCCUUCUGAAUUUUGAGAGCAAGAAACUCUCUUCUUAGUGUAUUAAAAAGUGUUAGUUUUUGAAAUUUUUAUUCUAUCUACUUAUUAUCAUUUAAUUUUACUUAAUUUAACUCAAACUAAUUUCUAGUGGUAAUUUUGUUUCACGUGUGUAAAAGUUACGUUGUUUUUUAGAUCUAGUUAAAGUCUAGAUCCAGAAGUAUACUAUACUAACGUUUUUUAAAUUAAAGAAGAAUGUUUGUUUCCCAAUCUACAAAAAGUAAUUCAGUUUAUUUUAAUAUUACCUUUGAAAAAUUGCAAACUGAUUUAAGAAAUAGAAUGUCUUCUGAAACAAUUGCAUAAUUUUUUUACUAAUGAAAGAAUUUCAAGAAACGGCAAAGAAAACUAUGAACCUAGUCAAGCAAUUAUCAAAAAGAAUUGGAAAUAGUGAUCUGUUAUAACUAUCUAUAUAUAUUUAAAGGAGUAGCGUUACUGACUGACUGAUUCAUCAUCGCACAACCCAAACGGCUGAACCUAAAAUCAUAAAAUU